CGGGUCACAGACGGUUUUUGCCUCAAGCUUUUUAGACUUUGUAUCUUCCAAUCCUGAUAAUCGCCAAGAGACAGUGAUUUAAAGAUGUCAGCUUACCGCAUUCUGCUGAUAGGUAGGAUCGGAAGUGGAAAGAGCACUGUGGGCAACACCGUUCUUGGAGAGUCGUUUUUUGAUCCACAGUGUGGAAUGAGCUCAGGGACUUGCGAGUGUAAAUGGAAGAAGGCCUUCAGAUGUGGCUACGACAUUGAGAUAACUGAUACACCAGGUGUUUGUGGCACUGAUCGACCUGAAGGUGAAGUGGAAAUGCAGAUCGCCAAGAGUGUAGCGACCAUGAUGCCGGGACCUGACGCAAUCUGCUUUGUAAUCAGAGGAUCGAGUCGCUUUACAAAAGAGGAAAUACAAGCGUAUGAAAAUUUAAAAACCAUUUUUGGCCAGGAGAUGACUAAAUACCUUAUUCUUGUUAUAACCGCAGUCACUCAAAAGGAAUUCCAAGAAGCAUUGCAGCACAAGGAAAAGACUCUUCCUCCUAGUUUUUUAACACUGCUUGAAGAAGCUGGCAACCGUUUUGUCUGCUUCAGCGAUGAUCUCAGAAACACAUCCUCCACGAAACAGGAAGCGAAAAGACUGCUGCAAUGUGUGGUCGACCUUAAAAUUCAGAAUAACGGGUCUUAUUACUCAAAUCAUCUUGUCAAACAGAUCGACCACGAAAUUACCAAAGAGGCUGAAAAGACUGGCCACUCCGUAGACAAGAUUAAAAAAGAUUUAGUUACAGAUAAGAAUCCCGGACUUUCCGUGAAGGGCUGUGCUGUUAUGUAA